UUUAGCCCUCAGAGGGAGGGGCAGCCCUGUCAGCCCUUUCUGUUCCUUUUUGUUCUUUAUCUCAGGCUCUCGUUCUUCAUCAGCCCCUUGGCUGUCCCUGCAUUUGGAACUCAGGGACUUGGCUCACUUGCCUUGUCUAGCAGUUCCUGGCGGGUGGCGGCUGUCAGGCCUUUCCGGGUGGUCCGCUUGUGAUCACAGAUACGGAAAGGUCGCUGGGGUGGUGGAGUGGAGGUCCAGACCUUACGGCCUAAGUCGGAGCUCAUGUUGGAUACUGACCUGCUGCAGUUGUGAUGAACAGUUGUGUGGAAGCUCAUACUCUCACUGUCAGUGAACAGCUCCCAUGAGCAUAAGUCUCUCUGCUUUCCUGCCGAGGAGCCUUGUCUGAAGCCAUGGCAGCUCAAGUCCCCUGACAAGUACAGGCUGCAAGUAUACAAGUGUAUAAGGGCAUUAAUGCCUCUAGGAUAAACCUCAAACAGUGGGGAAUACAAGCUGGGCAUGAAUGCCUCCAUCUUCCGUCUUUCUAGAAGCAGCCAACCUGACGGGCCAGAACAGGAGCAGGCACCUCUCCCACUGCCACUUUGCCUCUCGGCUCCCCCAGACCGCUUGAGGGCCCCCCACUCUGCUAGCUCCCUUCUGGACCCCGUAGGCGCAGAAGGAUGCCGCUCUGCUACCGUCCCCCGGGAAAUGAGACGCUGCUGAGCUGGAAGACCUCGCGGACCACAGGCACCGCCUUCCUGCUGCUAGCGGCGCUGCUGGGGCUGCCCGGCAAUGGCUUCGUGGUGUGGAGCUUGGCGGGCUGGCGGCCGGCAGGGGGGCGACCGCUGGCGGCCACGCUCGUGCUGCACCUGGCGCUGGCAGACGGCGCGGUGCUGCUGCUCACGCCGUUCUUCGUGGCCUUCCUUACCAGGCAGGCCUGGCCGCUGGGCCAGGCGGGCUGCAAGGCCGUGUACUACGUGUGCACGCUCAGCAUGUACGCCAGCGUGCUGCUCACCUCCCUGCUCAGCCUGCAGCGCUGCCUUGCCGUCACCCGCCCCUUCCUGGCGCCCCGGCUGCGCAGCCCGGUCCUGGCCCGCCGCCUGCUGCUGGCCGUCUGGCUGGCCGCCCUGGUGCUGGCCAUCCCGGCCGCCGUCUACCGCCACCUCUGGGCGGACCGCGUGUGCCAGCUGUGCCACCCGUCUCCUGCCCACGCCGCCGCCCACCUGAGCCUGGAGACCCUGACCGCCUUCGUGCUGCCCUUCGGGCUGGUGCUCUGCUGCUAUGGCGUGACGCUGGCGCGGCUGCGGGGCGCCCGCUGGGGCGCCCGACGGCACGGGACGCGGGUGGGCCGCCUGGUGGGCGCCAUCGUGCUGGCCUUUGGCUUGCUCUGGGCCCCCUACCACGCCGUCAAUGUGCUGCAGGCUGUCGCCGCGCUGGCUCCACCCGGAGGCACCUUGGCGAAGCUCGGCGGGGCGGGCCAGGCGGCGCGUGCAGGAACUACGGCCCUGGCCUUCUUCAGCUCCAGCGUCAACCCGUUGCUCUACCUCUUCACUGCCGGGGAUCUGCUGCCCAGGGCAGGUCCCCGCUUCCUCACGCGGCUCUUUGAAGGCUCCGGAGAGGCCCGAGGGGGCGGCCGCUCUCGGGAAGGGACUCUGGAGCUCCGAGCUACCCCUCGGCUCAAAGUGGUGGGGCAGGGUCAUGGCAAUGGAGACCCAGGGGGCGGGGCGGAGAAGGACAGUCAGGGAUGGGACCCUUGACGUCGACCCUACAACCGGACCUGCUCUUCCUAUCCCCUUGCAUCUGCCUCCUAGAACCCAGGGAACCACACUGGUGGGUUUGGGGUCCUUCUCUGACCAGUUUGGGAUCUGUCUGGGCAGAAGUAUUAUAUAUCCGGGGCAGGCCCAGCUUCCUCCAAAUUGAGGCGAAUGGUGAUGGUCCAUGUAAAAGAAUGUCACGCACCUGCAGGCUGGCAUGUGCCCAGGUGCCAGGACUGCUUACUUGUUGCCAAAAGCUACUGUGAAAUACACUGGGUGGCCAUAAUGUGAUGGCUUAA